CCCCCCGACAGCCAGGGAGAAACUCCCGGAAAGCGGCCGCUGACAAGCCAGGCUCCAGCAGCACAGCACAGCCCCUCCCUGCCGCUGGGCCCGGGCUGCAUUCUCCUUGCUAGCGUGACAAGCGCUGGCGUCGGUGCUGGAGGGCACGGCCGGGGGCUCCGACCUAAGUCCUGCCGUUCCCUCGGCUCGCCACCUCCCCCCGCCCCCCAGUGGUUCGCUCACUUUGUGGGCGGGGCGGGCUCGGAAGCCGCUGGCAGCUGCCGCGCUCCGAUCGGAUUCGGGCUAAGCCCCGCCUCCUCGCUAUGAUUGGUCGUGGCGCCAGAGGCUCUUCCCUUGGCCCCCACCCCCCCCGAUCUCCUGGGUGACAGGGACGCUGUUAGCGGGAGUGGCAGCGCAUGCGUACAUGAAAUAUUGACUCGGGAGCCCCGGGCGAGAAGAUGAAGCGAGUAUUUACUCUAUUAGAAAAGGCUUUGCUUGGUUCCCCUGUGCAGUUCAUCUGGCAGAAAACUUUAGGAAACUUCCUUGCUGUGACAGGAGCUGAUCACACUGUAAAAAUCUUUGAUCGUCAUGGUCAGAAGAGAAAUGAAAUUAACUUACCAAGCAACUGUGUUGCUAUGGACUGGGAUAAAGAUGGGGACACCUUAGCCAUAAUUGCUGACAAAUCUAGUACCAUUUAUCUGUGGGAUGCCAACACAAACAAAACAAGCCAGGUGGACGGUGGCAUGAGAGACCCAAUGUCUUUCUUGCUUUGGUCCAAAGUUGGAGCCUUACUUGCUGUUGGAACAACUAAGGGAAACUUGCUUAUUUAUAACCGACAGACUUCUCGCAAGAUUCCUGUCCUUGGUAAACACACCAAGCGGAUCACUUGUGGUUGCUGGAGUACUGAAAAUCUGCUGGCACUAGGUAGUGAAGACAAAAUGAUAACUAUUAGCAAUCAGGAAGGAGAUACUAUAAGACAGACUUCAGUGAGAUCGGAUCCCAGUGAUAUGCAGUUCUCAGUGAUGAAGACUGAUGAAAGAAUAUCAACCAGGGAAAGCACAGUAAGCGUGGUGGUUGGCAAGAAAACAUUGUUUCUUUUUAAUCUGAAUGAUCCUGAUAACCCAAUUGAUCUGGAAUUCCAGCAACGCUAUGGCAACAUUGUAACCUAUAGAUGGUAUGGUGAUGGCUACAUCAUGAUUGGCUUCUCACGUGGGUGCUUUGUUGUUAUUUCUACACACAUUCGUGAGAUUGGUCAAGAGGUUUUUCAAGCUCGCAAUCAUAAGGAUAACCUAACCAGCAUUGCAAUAUCACAAUCACUAAACAAAGCUGCAUCAUGUGGAGACAACUGCAUUAAGAUUCAUGACCUGUCAGAACUGAAAGAAAUGUAUGCUAUAAUAAACCUGGAUGAUGAAAAUAAAGGUCUAGAUCACCUGGCUUGGACAGAUGAUGGGCAGUUGUUGGCAGUGUCUACACAAAGAGGCUCACUCCACGUCUUCUUGACAAAGCUUCCAAUCCUUGGAGAUGCUUGCUGUACACGGAUUGCGUACCUCACUUCUCUUCUUGAAGUUACUGUGGCCAAUCAUGUUGAAGCAGAGCUACCAAUCACAGUUUCUGUUGAAGUGGAGCCAAACUUUGUUGCAGUAGGUCUUUAUCAUUUGGCUGUAGGAAUGAAUAAUCGUGCUUGGUUUUAUGUACUUGGAGAGAAUAGUGUAAAAAAGCUUAAAGACAUGGAGUAUCUGGGGACAGUAACCAGUAUAUAUCUUAAUUCUGACUAUGCUGCUGCACUCUUUGAGGGUAAAGUCCAGUUGCAUAUGAUAGAAGGUGAAGGUUUGGAUGCUCAGGAAGAACGAGAGACUCGACUUUUCCCAGCGGUGGAUGAUAAAUGUCGAAUCUUGUGCCAUGCUCUUACUGGUGAUUUCCUCAUCUAUGGUACAGAUACAGGUGUUAUUCACUAUUUCUACAUUGAAGACUGGAAAUACGUGAAUGAAUAUCGGCAUCCUGUCAGUGUGAGAAAAAUCUAUCCAGACCCCAAUGGAACCAGAUUGGUUUUCAUUGAUGACAAAAGUGAUGGCUUUGUGUAUUGCCCAGUAAAUGAUGGUGUUCAUGAGAUCCCAAAUUUUCCACCAACCAUUAAAGGCAUUCUGUGGGAAAAUUGGCCAAUAGAUAAAGGUGUAUUUGCUGCUUACGAUGAUGAUAAAGUAUAUACUUAUGUCUUCCAUAAGGAUACCAUACAAGGGUCCAAAGUUAUUUUGGCAGGUGGCACCAAGGUUCCCUUUUCCCACAAACCAUUGCUUUUGUAUAAUGGAGAAUUAACCUGUCAGACUCAGAGUGGGAAAACAAACAAUAUCUAUCUUAGUACUCAUAGUUUCCUUGGCAUUUUGAAAGACACCGGAUUUAAUGAGCUGAAACAAAUACUUACUCAGACUUUAAUGCUGAAAAGGUUUUCUGAAGCAUGGGAGAUAUGCAAACUUCUGAAUGGUCAAUCUGGUUGGAAUGAGCUGGCCAGAGCUUGCCUACAUCACAUGGAAUUGGAGUUUGCAAUACGUGUUUAUCGGACAGUUGGAAAUGUUGGGAUGGUGAUGUCACUAGAACAAAUAAAGGGAAUAGAAGACCACAACCUUUUAGCCGGACAUCUUGCCAUGUUUACUAAUGACUUUAAUCUGGCUCAGGAUUUAUAUCUGGCAUCCACCUGUCCUGUUGCUGCACUUGAGAUGAGAAGAGAUUUGCAGCACUGGGACAGCGCACUGCAACUGGCUAAACGUUUGGCCCCAGGCCAGAUCCCGUUCAUAUCAAAGGAGUAUGCUAUGCAGCUUGAAUUCACGGGUGAUUAUGUGAAUGCUUUGGCGCACUAUGAGAAAGGAAUCACAAAGGACAAUAAGUACCAGGAACAUGAUGAAGCUUGCCUAGCUGGAGUGGCUCAGAUGUCCAUUCGAAUGGGAGACAUUCGUCGAGGGGUUAACCAAGCCAUUAAACAUCCUAGCAGGCUGCUAAAGAGAGACUGUGGAGCCAUUCUGGAGAGUAUGAAGCAGUUUUCAGAAGCCGCCCAGCUAUAUGAAAAGGGGCAAUAUUACGACAAGGCAGCAUCAGUAUAUAUCCGCUGUAAAAACUGGGCAAAGGUUGGUGAGCUUCUCCCUUGUGUAUCAUCUCCAAAGAUUCACCUGCAGUAUGCCAAGGCAAAAGAAGCAGAUGGCAGAUAUAAGGAAGCGGUUGUGGCUUAUGAGAAUGCCAAACAAUGGGACAAUGUAAUCCGGCUAUAUUUGGAUCAUCUUAACAAUCCUGAAAAAGCUGUUAGUAUUGUCAGGGAAACACAGUCUCUCGAUGGAGCCAAGAUGGUAGCCAGAUUCUUUCUGCAGUUGGGUGACUAUGGUUCUGCCAUCCAGUUUUUGGUCAUGUCUAAGUGUAAUAAUGAAGCUUUCACACUGGCCCAGCAGCACAAUAAGAUGGAGAUUUAUGCGGACAUCAUUGGUUCUGAGAAUACUACCAAUGAAGAUUAUCAGAGUAUUGCACUAUACUUUGAAGGAGAAAAAAAACAUUUUCAGGCGGGCAAGUUCUUUUUGCUGUGCGGUCAGUAUGCCCGGGCACUAAAACACUUUCUGAAAAGUCCAACCACAGAAGAUAACAUGGCUAUAGAAAUGGCUAUUGAAACAGUGGGACAGGCAAAAGAUGAAGCACUAACCAAUCAGCUGAUAGACUACCUUAUGGGGGAGAGUGAUGGCAUGCCCAAGUCUCUCUCAGACGCCAAGUAUCUGUUCCGCUUGUACAUGGCACUAAAGCAAUACAGAGAAGCUGCCCGAACUGCCAUAAUAAUUGCCAGGGAGGAGCAGUCUGCAGGAAACUACCGAAAUGCACAUGAUGUUCUUUUUAGUAUGUAUUCAGAACUCAAAACCCAGAAAAUUAAAAUUCCUUCUGAGAUGGCUACAAAUCUUAUGAUUCUACACAGCUAUAUUUUAGUAAAGACUCAUGUUAAACGUGGAGAUCACAUGAAGGGUGCACGCAUGCUUAUUCGUGUAGCCAACAACAUCAGCAAGUUCCCAUCACACAUUGUCCCAAUCCUGACGUCAACAGUGAUUGAGUGUCAUAGAGCAGGAUUGAAAAACUCAGCUUUCAGUUUUGCUGCUAUGUUGAUGAGACCGGAGUACCGCAAUAAAAUAGAUCUUAAAUACAAAAAGAAGAUUGAAGCAAUGGUCAGACGACCAGACACAUCUGAGGCAGAAGAGCCAACUACACCAUGCCCAUACUGUGAAUUCCUGCUCCCAGAGUGUGAACUCCUCUGCGCUGGAUGUAAAAACAAUCUCCCAUAUUGCAUUGCAACUGGUCGGCAUAUGGUAAAAAAUGACUGGACAGCCUGUCCAAAUUGUGACUUCCCUGCCCUGCACUCUGAGUUCAAAAACAUGUUGCAGAGUGAAAAUAUAUGUCCAAUGUGUUCAGAAGGAGUUAGCAUUGUCCAUCUUAAGAAGAUAGCUGACUGCACACCAUAUCUCAACCCAGAAGAAAUGGAACAGUGAAUUUAUUCAAUGCAUCCUGUCAUCGAGAAUGCAGCAAGAACAAUCUUCAUAUCUGUAUCAUGUAUAGCACCAAGCACAUCAUAAAUAAUAAAGUCUAGGUGUCUAGGAGAUAAAGAAAUUAACAUUAGUUGUUUUCUGUUAACAAUAUAUUUCCAUACAAAAGAUUCAAAAGCCAUCCACUUCUGGGAUCUCUUUGGGAACAAAGAAGAAAGCCCUCACACACUACCAACUCCCCCUUGCCCCCAAUUUUUGCACUAUGUAGCUAUUCAGAUAAUUGCUUUCUUCCCACAGAACUUUUUAAUGUGAUCUUUCUGUGUAUGUAUGCCCUUUAAGAAGUGCUUGUUAAUUAGAUCUGUUAAUUCCUAGCCUCAUUUUAUCACUAUUCCUCCAGCUAAUUUUCUUGCCUUUGACACGCUUAUUAAAACCUCACUAGAAAUUUGACUUCCUGAAAUUAGAAGUUCUCCAGGGAGAUUCAAAGGCAAACAUACAAGAAAAAACAAACCCUUCAUAUCCUUGUGUCAGCACCAAGCCCUAAUGAACUCCUCAUGAAAGGUCCCUACCUCAGGCUUUUGGGGAGAAACUUUCUGUUUCUUUGGCGUUCUCGUCUCUUGCUUUCCUGAAAUGAUUUUUUCUUUUGUCACUGCACUGAGUGUCUCUUUCUCCUUUUUACUGCUGUCUUCUUUUUGUUUCAGAGCCACCAGCUUAGAGCUAGGUUUCAAAGGCAAAGUCUUAUUCUCUGACUCCACGGCUUUACCAACAGACGUUUCUGGAUGCUGACAAGAUGGUCUUGUACUUUCAGAUUUAGUUUGUUCCUUCGCACUACAAUUCCUUGUGUCAUCUGUUGAGUUUGACGUUUUCCCCGGAAAAAGAGAGGGAAAAAAAUGUGUGUUAACAGGAGAACCUCUUCAUAUUAUAGAUUAGUGAGUGCUAAGGUUUUCUGUAUGCUAGCGUUACCUUUUUGAGACUGUUUAUGUUUUUCUGCUGUGUUUGAACUGGUCUUGGUAGUCAAAAUGGUUAGCUUCUCUUCUGGAUCUUUUCGAGCCUAAACAAACAUGAACAAAAUACCAGAGUAAGAAAUUUACAUACUCUAACCAGUAGUUAAAUGAGACUUCUGCAGGUUCAAAACAUCUCUCUCAAUUUCUAAAAGCUAUGUUUGGGGUCUGAAUGGCACUGCUUAAAAGGUUAACCCCGCCACUGGUUAGAACAGGAUUUAUUACAUACGCUUUCAGAAAGGAUAUCUAAGCAGAUGAGCUUUUUAGGGUCAAAUUCUGCCCUCAUGCAUGCACCCAACUCCCCCUUAUGCCAAUAGGGGACAUAUACCGAGAACCUAUGAUGGCAAAAUUUGGCCCUCGUCAGUUCAUUUGGGAAGCUUAGGAAAAAUAGGACGUUGUGCUUUCAUUUAUUAACUUAAAAGAUGAUUACUGCUAACUAGUUUAAAGGCAAUAAUCCCAUGUACUCUAAAGCAUGGGUAGGUGUCCUCUUUCUGAUUUACAUCUGGCCUAUUUUCAGUUUGAAUGUGUAAUUUGUUUCAAAAUAAAUAAGAUUUGCAGAUUUUA